CGCGGGGCCAGGCUGGGCCCCUAGGCUGAGGCCCGCGCAGGCAGGCCCCGCCCCGGCCUCGCACAUCUGGGCUGGAGCAGGGGCCGACCCGGCGUCGCAGAGGCGCGGCCAUCCGGCCUGGGGGAGGGGGCGGCGGGCGCGGGGCCCAGCCGAGCCGGGGGCCGCGGGCCGGGCGCACGUCUAGGGCUGCGGCCUCAGUAGGCACCGCCGCGGGCUACUGGCCCGCGAUCCAGGCGGUUGGACAGGGUCGAGCUGUCGGGAGGGCGGAGUUACAGGGCCUGCAAGGAUGCUGGCUGUCCCGGAGAUGGGGCUACAGGGGCUGUACAUCGGUUCCAGCCCAGAGCGGUCCCAAGUGCCCAGCCCACCCGGCUCUCCAAGGAUCCAGGAAAGCUGUGGCAUUGCCCCCCUCACACCCUCACAGUCUCCUAAGCCUGAGGCCCGAGCCCCCCAGCAGGCUUCCUUCUCUGUAGUGGUGGCCAUUGACUUUGGCACAACAUCCAGUGGCUAUGCCUUCAGCUUUGCCAGUGACCCUGAGACCAUCCACAUGAUGCGGAAAUGGGAGGGCGGAGACCCGGGCGUUGCUCAUCAGAAGACUCCAACCUGUCUGUUGCUGACCCCGGAGGGCGCCUUUCACAGCUUUGGCUACACCGCCCGCGAUUACUACCACGACCUGGACCCCGAGGAGGCGCGGGACUGGCUCUACUUCGAGAAAUUCAAGAUGAAGAUCCACAGCGCCACUGAUCUCACACUGAAGACUCAGCUAGAGGCAGUAAAUGGAAAGAAGAUGCCGGCCCUGGAGGUGUUCGCCCAUGCCUUGCGCUUCUUCAAGGAGCAUGCUCUUCAGGAACUGAGAGAGCAGUGUCCAUCACUGCCAGAGAAGGACACUGUGCGCUGGGUAUUGACGGUGCCUGCCAUCUGGAAACAGCCUGCCAAGCAGUUCAUGCGGGAGGCUGCCUACCUGGCUGGACUGGUGUCUCGAGAGAAUGCAGAACAACUACUCAUCGCCUUGGAGCCUGAGGCCGCAUCUGUGUACUGUCGCAAGCUGCGUCUGCACCAGCUCAUGGACCUGAGCAGUCGGGCCCCAGGUGGUGGGCGCCUGGGUGAACGCCGUUCCAUCGACUCCAGCUUCCGGCAGGCCCGAGAGCAGCUGCGAAGAUCCCGCCACAGCCGCACGUUCCUGGUGGAGUCUGGUGUAGGAGAGCUGUGGGCAGAGAUGCAAGCAGGAGACCGCUACAUGGUGGCAGACUGCGGCGGAGGUACCGUGGACCUGACCGUGCACCAGCUGGAGCAGCCUCACGGCACCCUCAAGGAGCUAUACAAGGCGUCGGGCGGCCCGUACGGCGCGGUGGGCGUGGACCUGGCCUUCGAACAGCUGCUGUGCCGCAUAUUCGGCGAGGACUUCAUCGCCACCUUCAAAAGGCAACGGCCGGCAGCCUGGGUGGAUCUGACCAUUGCCUUCGAGGCUCGCAAACGCACUGCCGGCCCGCACCGUGCAGGGGCGCUCAACAUCUCGCUACCUUUUUCCUUCAUCGACUUCUACCGCAGGCAGCGAGGCCACAACGUGGAGACUGCCCUGCGCCGGAGCAGCGUGAACUUCGUGAAGUGGUCCUCACAAGGGAUGCUCAGAAUGUCGUGUGAGGCCAUGAACGAGCUCUUUCAGCCCACCGUCAAUGCCAUCAUCCAGCACAUAGAGGCAUUGCUAGCGCGGCCCGAGGUGCAGGGCAUGAAGCUGCUGUUCCUGGUGGGCGGCUUCGCCGAGUCAGCUGUGCUACAGAACGCGGUGCAGACAGCGCUGGGUGCCCGCGGCCUGCGAGUAGUGGUCCCACACGACGUGGGCCUCACCAUCCUCAAGGGCGCUGUGCUCUUCGGCCAGGCGCCGGGUGUGGUGCGAGUGCGCCGCUCGCCUCUCACCUAUGGCGUAGGCGUGCUCAACCGCUUUGUGGCUGGGCGCCACCCGCCAGAGAAGCUGCUGGUGCGUGAUGGCCGUCGCUGGUGCACCGACGUCUUCGAGCGCUUCGUGGCCGCGGAGCAGUCGGUGGCCCUGGGCGAGGAGGUGCGGCGCAGCUACUGCCCCGCGCGCCCGGGCCAGCGGCGCGUGCUCAUCAAUCUAUACUGCUGCGCCGCCGAGGACGCGCGCUUCAUCACCGACCCGGGCGUGCGCAAGUGCGGCGCGCUCAGCCUGGAGCUAGAGUCCGCCGACAGCGGCCCAGACACCGCCGGCGCGCCCCCUAGCCGCCGCGAAAUCCGCACUGCCAUGCAGUUCGGCGACACCGAGAUUAAGGUCACCGCCGUCGACGUCAGCACCAAUCGCUCUGUGCGUGCAGCCAUCGACUUUCUUUCCAACUGAGGGCGCGUUGGCGCUGUACCAGCCCCCUCAGUCCCCGCCCCCUUUCUGUCCCAGUGUCUGGGGGCGGGGCGGAGGAACCGCGAGUUCGGAUAUCGUCGUCUCUUUCCCCGCCUCCAGCCCGCGGAGAUGAGGUCAUAGGAGGGUGGAUGCGGACACAACCAGACUCUGGCUUUUGGGCCCAGUCCGCUGACUGGAAGGCUGAAAGGACCUAUCACGCACCGAGUGGGUAUGGGGUACUUAGAAGAGGCUUGCAACACCAUGCGCCCAGCCUGGCCGGGGGGUUGCGACUCCGAAGGCAAAAUACAACGGAAGACCAAAUUGGCCUAAAAUUGGGAGCCCUUACUUUAAUGUGUCAGAGUGGGAAUGGAGGGAGGAGGGAUGGAGGCAGUGGGCAGGGAGAGGCUAACGAGGCAGGCAGCAGGGAAGCUGUGCAGGACCUGGUCCUGAUGGGCUGGAGCUCACCACAAAAUGGGGUCAGCCCCAACAGGGAGGUGGGCAAAGCAACCCUGUGCAUCAGGGAAAUGACUGGAAAUGGUAACUAGAGGGACAGGUGUAGUAGCACCUUCCUGAGCGUGGCACUGACCACACAAAUGUGACUGUUUAUUAUAUAAAGGGCAGUAGCUAGCAAAUGGGAAGGAGGGUACAUUAUUGCAGGGAAGGGGGUUAGGGGAUAUGGGAGUGGCAUGUUGGAGUUCCAGACAAAACAGAACAAUCUGGGAAGGCCCCAGGGGCAACUGAUAAAUGACCCACCUGCACACACCCCCAGCCAUGGAAGGGCAGCUGAAAGGCGGAUAAGGAGAACACAGGGAGCAUCCAGGGCUGGUCCCAGCAAUACCAUUAACUCAGUGCCAGGACAUUCUGACAUGGGUCUUGGUUUCAAGUGUGAAAUGUCAGACACCUUUCUCCAACCAUGAUAUGCAACAGUCCCACCUGCCUGAGAACCCGAAGGUGACAAUAAAGCAUUUAGGCUCAAGGGGAAGCCACAGCCCACUGAGUGGGGACCCUAAAAGUGGGAGUAGCACAAGGGCCCGGACUGCUAGAGAAGGGAGUACGGUUUCAGCUGUGCAUAAGGCAGGGGACCGGCCAGAAGGGGGGUGCUGCUGUCUCCCUGUCAAGCAUCCCAAACAGCAUUACCACCUCCUUAAGACCUCUGUCUGGGCUGGGCAAGAAGCCCUCCCCAUCCCAAUGAAUUGUCUUGGCAACUGGUCCCUGGA